UUCGCAUUCUUGUUCGUCUGGAAGCCACGUUGCUCUGCUUCAAACUCUGCGACCAACCCGCGGGCUCCACUCAGCCGUCGAACUGCUCUCUGUUGUCCCCGCCGGAAUUGUGUUGGAUUUGUAAGUUUUGAAGAGCAACAUGUCACUUUGAACAGGCCGUGUGAUGGAAUUUGACGCAGGAAGCUUCUUUGAUGUGUGCACUGUGCAUAACUGCAAAAAAAGAAGGGCUUUAAAAGGCUUAAUUACUCCACUGAAUGAGAGCAUGAGAGAAACGGAAGCUUCCUUGCCAAUCUUGUACUCCCCUGGAUACUAUACCAAACCAUCUCUGGAGGAGUUAGUGGCCCAGGAACUCCUUGACCCCGGUUAUUGUACCCGAGUUCCUAAUUUCACUGUUGGGAGGCUUGGUUAUGGAUCUGUCAGGUUUCUUGAGAAAACAGAUGUCAGGGGGUUGGAUCUAGAUCAUAUUGUGAAGUUUUAUAAACAUGAGAUAGUUGUAUACAGCGACGAAAAUGAUAAACCUGCAGUUGGUCAAGGCCUUAACAAGGCAGCUGAAGUAGUUUUAGUUCUAGAUACUGAACUACUGAAGUCUAAAGACAGGAAAGAUGAUUUUCUUGUGAAAAAAGUAAAACAAAGUACUGAGAGGCAAGGAGCAAGAUUUAUUUCGUUCGACCUAACAACUGGUGAAUGGAAAUUCUUGGUAGAUCACUUCAGUAGAUUCGGGUUUGGCGAAGAUGACGAGGAAGACAUUGUCAUGGAUGAUGCUGAUGGUGAGAUGUAUGAUGAUGAUAAAGAACCUUCUACAAAUAUGAACGGGAUUGAACUUUCUCACUCUCUUCCAGCUCAUCUAAGGCUUGACCCUGUUAAAAUGAGAGAAAUGAGAUUAUUGAUGUUCCCACAUGAAGAAGAGCCUGAGGAAUUGAGUCAUAAAGCAUCCAUCAGUAAGGAAUAUGCAAGGCCUUUGCAAAAUUCUGCUCAGGCAAUGCCCCAUAGAUCUACUCCACCAAUUGCAAGGAAAACUCCAUUUCCUUUACUUGAAUAUAAACAUGGGAGUUUUGAUGCAAAUUCUCCUGGGUCUAUUUUGAUGGUUCAGCAACAUAAGGGAAUGCCUCUGAAGACAAUAAAAGCGGAAGGUUUUAAGUUAGACCUCAAGCAUGAAACUCCAGUGUCAACAAACUAUGCUCGCAAUAUUGUAGAUGCAGGUCUAUUUAUGGGGAAGUCAUUCCGAGUUGGAUGGGGACCUAAUGGCAUUCUUUUACAUUCUGGUGCACCUGUAGGAAGUGGUAGUGAGUACAAGGUAUUAUCAUCUGUUGUCAGUUUGGAGAAAGUUGCUUUUGACAAUUUUGUUAGGGAUGAAAAUAACAAAGUGAGUGAGGAACUUGUUGAAUCUGCCUUGAUAUCUCCAUUAAAUUUUCACAAAGAAAUAAACCAUGUGAAGGAAGAGGUUAGAAUUGGUCCUUGCAAAUUGAAACUUCUAAAGCUUGAAGCGAAUUGUUCAAUGUUGUCAGAUAUUUCACAUGGCUACUGUGAUAUUAUUGAGAGGCAAUUGACUGUACCAGGGUUGUCUUCCACUACACGUUUGGGUUUAACACACCAAGUAAUGACCUGGGAAUUAAUCAGAGUUCUUUUCUUCAAUAGAAAACAAAAAGGUCAAGUAGAAUCUUUGGGUGCUGACAACGAGGAAGAUAUGAUGCAGGAUAUGAAGGAAGUUUAUCAAGAUGUUGACCAAGAAGCACUCCCACUUAUGAGGAGGGCAGAGUUCAGUUAUUGGUUGCGAGAGAGUGUUUCUUAUCAUGUUCAAAACCAAAUAAGCUCUCUAAAUGACUCUGAUUAUCUACAACAUGUUUUUGUAUUCCUCACUGGGCGGCAACUAGAUGAAGCAGUGCAACUGGCAGCUUCCAAAGGAGAUGUGAGGCUGGCUUGUUUGUUAAGUCAGGCGGGUGGUUCUACUGUGAAUCGCUCUGACAUUUCAAAGCAACUUGAUAUUUGGAGAAAGAAAGGUCUGGAUUUUAGUUUCAUUGAAAACGACAGAGUGAGGCUAUAUGAAUUGCUUGCAGGAAAUAUUCAUGAUGCAUUGCACGAGGUCGAUAUUGAUUGGAGGAGGUUCUUAGGUUUAUUGAUGUGGUACAAACUGCCGCCUGACACAUCAUUGCCCAUUGCUUUUCGGACAUAUAAGCAUUUUCUUGAUGAGGGAAGGGCUCCAUAUCCUGUUCCACUUUUUAUUGAUGAAGGACCAUCAGAAGAGGCUAUCAGCUGGAAUGCAGAUAAACACUUUGACAUUUCAUUCUAUCUUAUGCUUCUUCAUUCUAGUGAAGAGAGAGAAUUUAGCUUUUUGAAGGCUAUGUUUAGUGCAUUCUCUUCAACCCCUGAUCCACUUGAUUAUCACAUGAUAUGGCAUCAACGAGCAGUCUUGGAAGCAGUGGGUGUUAUCAAAUCUAAUGAUCUUCAUGUUCUAGACAUGGGGUUCGUGUCUCAGCUUUUGAGCCUAGGGAAAUGCCAUUGGGCCAUAUAUGUGGUCCUUCAUUUACCCUUUCGAGAAGACUGUCAAUUUCUUCAUGUGAAUUUGAUUCGGGAGAUAUUGUUCCAGUACUGCGAAAUUUGGAGUUCAGAUGAAUCUCAGCAACAGUUCAUUGAGGAUUUAGGCAUUCCUUCAGAAUGGAUUCAUGAGGCUCUGGCAAUUUACUAUAAUUAUAAUGGUGAUCUGCCAAAAGCUCUUGAGCACUUUCUUCAGUGUGCAAAUUGGCAGAAAGCUCAUACCAUUUUCGUAACAUCAGUUGCUCAUAGUUUAUACUUGCAAGCCAAACACUCAGAGAUAUGGAGGAUUGCAACUUCCAUGGAGGACCAUAAAUCUGAAAUUGAGAAUUGGGAGUUGGGAGGUGGAAUAUAUAUUUCAUAUUAUUUGAUGAGAAACUCACUUCAGGGAGACACCAAUGCGAUGACUCAAUUGGAUUCUCUUCAAAGUAAAAAUGCUGCCUGUCAGGAAUUUGUCAGUCAGCUUAAUGCAUCAUUGGCUGUUUGGGACCGCAAAUUACCUGUUGAUGCAAGAUUGGUGUAUUCGAAAAUGGGGAGUGAGAUAUGUGAUUUGCUGCUAUCUGCUGUGGGCGAGGGUGCUAGCCGAGAUGAACAGUUUAGCUGCUUUGACACUGCUUUCAGUGCACCAGUUCCAGAAGAUGUUCGCUCUGGUCACUUGCAGGACGCAGUGUAUCUGUUUACCAGCUUUCUCUCUGAGAUUGCUACUUAAUUCCACAGUUUGCCUAUUGCUUGUGAUUUUUGAAAUCAGAAAAGAAAUGCGUGUUACAGGGGAGGGAUCUUGAUCUGCAAUUGAGCCAUGACCAUGAAUUUUGUGCCUUUUUGUGUUAAUUGGUCUUGCAGGAUUAUGAAAUGAUGCUAAAUGUGAUUAUAAUAUCAUAUUCAUCCAUUUUUUUUGGGAA